CCUCCCAAGUUCUUUAAAUCAAGUGGUACCAAACUUUGAGAGGAAAAGAGAGCGAGAUAUGGCGAAUCUGUUCCUCAAACAAUCAAAGCAGUACGUCGUGGCUCGGCCAGGUUACCCAGAAAAGCUGUUUCAGUUCAUUGCUUCCAAGGCUGCCGCCCACGACCUUGCUUGGGACGUCGGCACCGGUAGUGGCCAGGCUGCCCGACCCCUGGCUGAGAUCUUCAAGAAUGUGGUGGCCACAGACACAAGCCAAAAGCAACUCGAAUGCGCUCCAAAACUCCCCAAUGUUCGCUACGUGCACACUCCUGCAGUGCUGACCAUACCCGAAAUUGAACAAAAACUGGCUCCAAAAUCUAGUGUUGAUUUAGUGACCAUUGCACAAGCCCUGCAUUGGUUUGACCUCCCUAGUUUCUAUGAACAAGUGAAAUGGGUGCUCAAGAAACCAAACGGGGUCAUUGCUGCAUGGUGCUACACUGUGCCUAGAGUUAACAACACUGUAGACACUGUCUUCGAUCGGUUCUAUUCCAUUGAUGUCGAACCCUACUGGGAACCGCCGCGUAAAUUAGUGGACAACAAGUACAGCACCAUCGAUUUUCCGUUUGAGCUGGUUAGCGGAGAAGGAAGUACAGGACCGUUCGAGUUUGCGACGGAGAUAUUGAUGGGUUUGGAUGAUUUUUUCACGUAUAUAAGGUCGUGGUCAGCUUAUCAGACUGCUAAGGACAAGGGUGUUGAGCUUCUGAAUGAGGAUGUGAUGGAACAAUUUAAGCAAGCCUGGAAUGUUGAUGGUGGAGAUGGACAGAAGGUUGUGAACUAUCCUAUCAAUUUAAGAAUUGGAAGAGUGGGGAAUUAGUGUUGUUGAUGGUUGGGGUUCUGUUCUAAUGUUGGGUAGUGGGGAGCUGUGAAAUGUAACUCUUGGAUUUCUUAAUAAUGAGCAUGAUGGUAGUUUGAGUUUGGUUGAGACGUUGAGUGAUGUAAUUUUUAUUGAAAAGAGCAAAAUGACACUUAAAAUCCACCGAUUUCUGUUU